GGAUGAGAUCUCGACUCCACUUCUUCUGCUGCUGCAAUGACCUCCAAGUGUCUGACAUUUGUAACCGGAAAUCUCAAUAAAUUGAAGGAGACCAAGUACAUUUUAGCUCAGGGAACACCAAUAGAAAUAGACUCGCAGGACUUAGAUAUACCCGAACUGCAGGGCACGACUCAAGAGGUCGCCAUUGCGAAAUGCCGUCGCGCAUCUGAGCUGCUAGGGAAGUCGUGUAUAACGGAGGAUACCGCAUUGUGCUUCGUAGCAUAUAACGGGCUACCUGGUCCAUACAUCAAGCACUUUAUGAAGACACUCGGCCAUGAAGGCUUGAACAAUAUGCUCGUAGGAUUCCCAACAAAAGACGCCUAUGCGCUCUGUACUUUUGCGUACAGUGCGGGUCCGGGCACUGAGCCGAUCCUCUUUGAGGGCCGCACAGAAGGAACGAUCGUCCCUGCCAGGGGACCUGGCGAUUUUGGCUGGGACCCCAUCUUCCAGCCCAAAGGUUUUGACAAAACCUUCGCCGAAAUGACCAAGGAACAGAAAAACAUCAUUUCCCACCGAUACUGUGCACUAGAUAAGCUCAGGGUAUAUCUGGCGACCCUUGACACUGAGAAUAGCUAGAGCUGCUUCUUUGUAGGAUAGCCACAAUCCAAUAUACAAUUGGCUGUGCGACAACAUAAAUUUGAAGUUUCGUGAAUUCGAUUCUGACUUGCAGUAAAACGAUUUGCACCUACCUUCAAGGACCACUUCACGAAAGCAAUCAAGGCCCGUGCCAUUACAGGUCAGCAUGUUAUUAGCGUCACAUCUCCUAGCGGGGUUUGUGGACACAUGCUCCGCGAUUGCAUUCAGUUUCUUCUAUCCCUUCUCAUUCAUCCCAGAGUAAGCUGAGACGAGCUGGAGUCAACUUCAUCUCCGUGAGAUCAACAUGUCUGUCUUGAAGAGAAAUUCCAAUGGACGCAACCUAAUUGUGGUGAACGGGAUGUACCAUGUACCUGCUCAGUGCUCGAGAUGACAGGCGAAGGGUGGU